AUCAUACAAUUUCCUGUUUUGCUGCGGGUUUCCUUUAGGUCUCGCAACACGAGCUACCGCUCCCUCGCAAUACAAUCACAUCAGUUCCUUUGCUCAAACGUAACAUUUUUUUGCUCUCCUAGUUUUAAGUGGUGACAGGCGAAUUUGUAAUCAGCGAUUUUGUCAACUGUUGCAUUAUGGAGGAGGAAGAAGAGCAGCAGAACAAAGCACAGGGCCCUCUGGAUGGAGUACCUGAUCUCUACAGCAUACUACAAGGGGAGGUCGUGUCUGUAACUACAUAUGGAGCAUUUGUCAAAGUCCAGGGAUAUUACAAGCAAGGCUUGGUUCAUGUAAGUGAAAUGUCUGCGUGUCGUGUGGAGAACCCAGCCGAGAUUGUGGAUGUUGGAGAACAGGUGUGGAUAAAGGUGAUUGGGAGAGAGAUCGAGGGGGAAAAAAUAAAACUUUCUUUUUCCAUGAAAGCUGUCAAUCAAGGCUCUGGAAAGGACCUGGACCCUAAUAAUGUGAAUGCAGAGCAGGAUGAACGCAGAAGGAGGAGGUUUAAGGAUCUGAGCGGUCGGAGGAUCACCUUAGAGGCUGUGCUCAACACCACAUGCAAGAAAUGUGGCUGCAAGGGCCACUUUGCUGCAGACUGCUUCUCUCAGCAAGGACAGCAAUACAACCUGCUUCCAGAUGAAGAGCCAGUUGCACAAACUAGCCAGUCAGCACCUGACAAACAGGAGGAGAAAAGGGUGAAAAAGAGAAAGAAAGAGAAGAAAGAGAAGAAAAGGAAUGACAGCAGCAGUGAAGAAAAGUCUUCCUCCAAGAGAGCCCGACACAGUCACUCAAAGAAGAAAAAGCACAAGAAACACAAAAAACUAAAAUGAGCAUUUUCAUGUGUGCUAGUUGUGUUAAGUUAGGUGAGAGAGUUUGCCUACUCUGAGUUAACUUACUGAACAGCUAAUAUGUGCUCAGGUUUUGUGGUCAUUCAAAAAUGUAAAGGAUGAUGGGACUGUUCAGCCAGGUGGAGAAGGGAAGAAGUGAAUUUGACCCCAACAUUUCGAUGCUUAUAGUUUAGUAAUUGAGUGUUGAUUUUACUUUCAUAUUUGUUAAUUACAAAGGAUCGUCUUACAUAUAUUUCUUUUUUGUGAUAAAUUACCUUUGGCAAUAGGCAACACAUGAAAACAUAAAAUGAGACGGAUUCAUCAAUAGGCACAAUUUAAUAUGAUUGCAUUGCGCAAAUAUGUAAUCAAGUCUCAAUACAGGGAAAUGCAUUUUGUGAACAUUUUGAGAGACUGUUUUGACACAAACAAAUUAAAUAAACUCUGAAUUGGCCUACCUUAGAAUGUAUUUACCCUGGAAGUAUGACUGUUGUUUUCUGCCUUUUCCUACAGUCCUAUUAAAAACUAUUUUCUGUUUCA